UAUUUUACAAAUAUAUCAUUUGACAAACAUGGUGCAAUUUGACGAAGUGAAUAAGAUAAUGGACGAGAUGAUGAAAGUGACGAUUUUCAAGUCGUCCGAAAAACGUCGAAUGCUGGAAGACGACAGAAAAGCUUUUCCAGAUCCAAAUUUAAUUAUGGAUGCAAGACAUCGAAUAUUUCGCGAGAAUUUCACCAGUUUUCAAACAAAGUCUUCUAUACUAGCAGAGGCUCGAAAAUUAUUAACCGAGGAAAAAAUGAAGGAAUUGAAACUGAAGAAAGAACAGGCUUUUAUAGAAAGAGAAUUACAUAAAUUUGAGCAAAAUUUGCAAAAAUCUCGUCCUAAAUUUUGCGGACCGUGCAGUAGAAAGACUAUAGCUAGCUCAAAUGACGAAAACUUUUGGAGAACAUCUAGAGUUGAGCGGGUCCUUAUUAAUAAAAGGAAAAACAAAACAGCCGAGCAGAAGAUGGAAAGAAAAUCGGUUGGAAAGAAAAUCAAACAGGCAUUCGCGGAAGUUUCCUCCGUUGAAUCGAAAGAUGCUAAGCAAUGUUCGAGUUUAAACAAGAUCGAGGGAGUAUCUUUCAGUAACAUCAAGGUGACUAUACGGGAUAAAUCAAAUUAUGAAUCAGAAGAUUAUCGAUUAAAUAUUCUGAGAUCAUGCUUCGAGGCUUUUCGUGAGAAUGCACGGAAUAAACGACGUCUUCGCGAGAUCAAGAUCAAUAUUCGAAACAUCGCGUCCCGAAGAAAUUUAAAAUCAUGUAUCCGCGUAUGGAGGACGCAUGUGGAGAAAGCGAAGACUCGACGAAAACACGAGGCGGAAAAUUCCGACGUCCGUAAAAUCGAGACACUCAUUGAUACCAUCACAAAAACGCAAAAGGAAAUGACAAAGGUCCAAAGAACAAAAUCCAAGGGAUUUCUUCCGAAUACGAGGGACGCUGAAGUAAGAAAAAAAAUUCCUGCUAGGCCGUUCAUCAUCAAAUCGCCAGCAAAGAAUCAACUAAACGCUCAGAAAGAAAUCAUCCACAAGCAGAGAAUGAGAUUGGCUGAGCAGAGCAAGAUAAUCGAGGAACUGAAGCUGAAACAAAUGCAAGAGGAAAUAAUGAAAGCUGGUGAAGAAACAAUGAAUGCAGCUAAGGAGACCUUGACGCAUUGUGGUCAGCAAACUAGAAGAACUCUAAUACAAUUAAUGAGACAAGCAGGCUACAGAGACAAGUCUUUAACUGCGCCGCUACGGGUGCCAAGUCCACCUAGAUUUCUAGUAAGGAUGGAAGCGCGGGCGGAAGCGAGGAGAAACAGAAUAAAAUUACGUGAAGAAGCACGGCAGAAGAAAUUAGAAGACGAGAAGAGGAAAGUAGAAGCCGUCAGGAGAGAGGAGGAGCAAGAGAGGAGAAGAUCGCAACAAGAGGCUUUGCGUGAAGCGAAAAGAAUGCGUGAAGAGCGAGAACAGCAACGAACUUGCGAAAUGGAAAGAUAUAGGAAACUGAAUGCCAUGGCAGAAGAAUUUUAUCGCAAGCAUUUGUUGCGACGAUAUGUAAUGAAACCAUUUAUCGCACUUAUUGAAAUAAAGAACAAUUAUAUAAACAAAGCUGAGGACCACUACAAACGGUGCUUACUGCAAAAAGCAUUCGUGAGAUGGAAAAUAGAAACAGAACGUCAAAGUCAAAUUAAAACAGAGUUAGCUAUAUUAUUAUACAACAAAAAUUUAUCGUGGUAUGCAUUACAAAAGUGGAAGGAAAUGGCGACAGAGGAGAGACGAAAAAAACAAGUGGCUAAAGACUUCUUUGACAUGAAAUUACAAAACAAAUGUUUCAAACUAUGGAAAAUAAAAACUAUGGAAUAUAAAGUUGAACGGUUAAAGAUUGAACGUUUAGCUUUAGAACAUUACGAAGAAAAAUUGAAAACAAGAUACUUCAAUAUGUGGAAAAAAUAUCUAAAAAUAGUGCCAGAUAUCCUAGAAAGUGAACGAAUAAAAAACACAUGGCGGGAAAUAGUGCAACAAGUAGUUCCGGACUUCGACCCCAGACAAAGAGGUGUAAUGUUAGAAGAUUAGCACCGAGAUAAUAUAGAUUUAAAGAUAAUACAAUUUUUAAUAUAGAUUUAAAGAUAAU